GAUAAUACUUAUUCUGACGUCCAUUUAAGUCUUUCAGUCACAUAUGACACAUCACAUAAAAACAUAAGGAAACUGAUUUCGCAAAAUCAGAUAUUGCGUAUUUUUCUUCUCAAAGCUACAAGAAAAUUGUAACUGGAGAACUACGGGCAAAGUUCAACUCUCAUUUCAUUGAUUAAAUAUUUUCCUGCAAGUGUAUCCACAUAACGAGCUCACUCUGCUCAUCAUCAAGUACAUACAUAAUCAUUACAAUUUAAUAAACCAGCCAGAAUGGUUAAAGACGACCCUUCUUUUCCCCCGUCCUUCCCGGAAGGGGGUCCCCUUGCUCAUUAUCGUGCACAAGCCUCCUUCAAUUGGAAAACUAUGGCUUUGUUACUUGACAAGGAGGAAAUUUUGAGGUUUAAGUAUGAAAUCUGGAAUUUUCUCGCGACGGAUCCGAUAUUCGCCUACUCCCCGACAAAACGAUCCCUCCAUGAUGAACGACGUGUCAUCAUGCAACAAACUUUCCGAAUAAUGGAGAAGGAUUUCCUUAACGAGACGAAAGGGGAGAUUGGAGAUCCUGUUAAGGUGAUGGCAAUGACUACAGCUCUGGGUCAAUAUUCUUGGUCGCUUUGUACAAAGAGAUCAAUUUUUAUGGAUUUCUUCACAAACGCUGUGCGAGGUUUGGCGAAAAGUGGAUAUCACUUUGACAUUCUGGAAAAAGCGUACAAAAUGGAGUUAACUGGAUGCGUCGCAAUGACGGAAAUAGGUCAUGGAACAAACACUAAAGCGUUCCGUACAAAAGCAACAUAUGACACGGUGAAAGGUGUUUUUAUCCUGGAAACGCCAGAUUUUGAGGCAGCAAAAUGUUGGUCAGGUGGUUUGGGAAAAAGUACGACCCACGCCUUCGUCAUGGCACAACUUUACACGCCGGAUGGACAGUGUCACGGACUUCAUGGAUUCGUGGUACCAAUUCGUGACCCCUUAACUUUCCUGACCUAUCCCGGCGUUACCAUUUUUGACAUGGGGGAGAAAGUUGGUCUCAACGGAUUAGACAAUGGAGUCAUGCUCUUUGAUAAUUACGCCAUCAAGAGAGAAUCACUCUUGAAUAAAACCGGUAGCGUCAGUGGGGAUGGGAUUUAUAUCUCCCCAUUUAAAGAUCCCAAUAAACGGUUUGGCGCCGCACUGGGAAACACUUCUGCAGCCCGAGCCGCCAUAAUUACUAUGUGCGCCGCCAACUUGGCCUCCGCUGUAACAAUUUCUAUCCGAUAUUCUGCCGUUAGGAGACAAUUUAGCGCCACAAAUGCGUCAGAAGAGCUUCCCGUUAUUGAAUAUCAAAUGCAGCAAUGGCGACUAUUUCCGUACUUGGCGGCCGCAUAUGUCAUUAAAUUCGUGGGUGACUCCAUUUACCAGGAUUUUGUCAACUUUAUAAUGUCCUCCUUUAAUACGGAUAUUGAUCCUGAGCUCAUUUCAAAUUGGGGGAUCGAAAUUCAUGUCUUAUCGUCCAGUGGGAAACCGAUAGGGGGCUGGCUAGCUAGGGAUGCGAUACAAGAAAGCAGAGAAGCGUGCGGAGGGCACGGGUACUUGAGAUCGGCUGGAAUCGGGGUGCUGAGGGAUGAUCAUGACGCCAAUGUUACUUAUGAAGGUGACAACAACGUUCUCCUUCAACAAACGAGCAACUGGCUGUUGACCAUCUACUCCAAUCCCCACCGUUCCGAGCUAAUCGAUAAGAUGCCGAUGGGAACCUUGAGCUUCCUGAGAAUCGAAUCUGUCUUCCACAACUUAAAAUUCACCGGGGAGAUGACCCCCCAAUCGCUCCUCUCAUCUUACAAAUGGCUCGUGUACUACUUACUCCAAACAACAGCGGAAAAAGUCGCCACCCAACAGACCAACGGGUCUGACUCGUUCACCUCAAAGAACCAAAGCCAAGUCUACUUUGCUCGCACGUUAGCAAUUGCUUUCAUAGAGCAUUACUGUUUAGACGUGUUUUGGAACAAGUUGGUCCAACACCAAGACGCCGAGAUCAGGACGGUACUCACAAAGUUGAUGUUGUUGUAUGGAUAUUGGAGUUUGGAGAAGCACUUGGGCACCUUGUAUCAAGGUGGACACUGCAACGGGGAUGAUGGCAACGUUAUCAGGGAGGGCAUACUGAAACUUUGUGAACAACUCAAACCGGAAGCGAUCGCGUUGGUGGAUGCCAUAGCUCCGCCGGAUUUCGUGCUUAAUUCUGCCCUGGGAAACUCGGAUGGAGAAGUUUACAAGCAUUUGAGAAGUGCAAUGAUGAUGACGCCGAGAGGGUUUGAACGUGACGAUUAUUGGAAAGAUAUUGUCGAGGUUAUGACGAUGAAGGGGAAAUUAUAAGGUUUUAUUUAUUGAGUUAACUACUUUUGCAUGUCGCAAAGUUUGCAAAACAUAUGAAAUUAAGUUAUAGACAUAAUAAUUUGUGACGUAAAAUUGUGUCAUAAGAAUCAGACUUUUGAUGACAUCUCUCAAAUUCAGGUGAUAAUGAAGCACGCCAAUAAAUUAUACAAUUCAAAUUCUAAGUAGUAACCACAUCAUA